AUGGCCGCGCACAUCGACAAAACUCUAUUAGAUACUGAUUUACGAUACCGUUUCGAUUACUUGUCAAAAUUUCUCAAUUUUACUGAGGAUGAUAUUACUAUGCUUAAUACUCUUUCUAAAAUUGCUCAUCCACUCAUUCCAUCAGUAGUCGAGGGUCUUUAUCAAAAACUACUCGAUUAUGACAUAACUAAACAAUAUUUUCUUACACAAAAUUAUGGCUUUGAAGGCACUAUGACAACAGAUGAGGCUCAACUCACGAUAAAAUCCGAGCAAAUGGUAUUUCGUAUAAAUCAUAUGCGUAAAUAUUUAUCACGAAUUUUACGUCAACGCAUAUGGAACGACGCAUUUCUGAGUUUUUUAUCAAAUGUAGGUAAAAUGCAUACCAAUAUGGCAGGUACACACUCGAUUAAUGUCGACUAUGUGCAUAUAAAUGCUACAUUUGGUUAUCUUGAACACAUUCUUAUCGAUGCUAUUUUAAGUAAUGAUGAAAUCGAUGCACCAACGAAGAAAGCAGCUUUGCUUGCGAUUAACAAACUAUUCUGGAUUCAAAAUGACUUGUUUUCCAUGCAUUACAUUAUCGCUUCAAAAAAUGGGCAUUGA